AUGGCUACUCAGACUCCCGAGGAAGAAAUCAGCUUUUGGCCUGCAGCCACGCCGACAAUAAACAUGAUAGAACACCCAUGGCAAUUGCCUCCAGACCGAGAAACCGUCCAAGUCUUCAUCCCUUUGGUGCUUUCCACGCCUUAUAUUGUUAGUGACUUCCACAUCAGAACUCCAAAGUCGAGUAGGUAUAUCCACAGCCGUCGAUUCAUGGAAACUCAUGAUGUAAUGACCUUGACGCGCGCGACCUGUCGUUUUCGACAGCAGCCGGGUCUACCUAUCGAUGAGAAGCUCCUAGCCGAGCUAUUGUAUUGGGGCAUCGGGAACCCAACAUGGAAUCACUCGGAUCAGAAGGAACUGUUACGACCAAGGAAAUUGUGGCUCAAAGGCUGUCUAAUUGAGGUGUACGAGGGCGAAAUGCCCUUACCAUCACUACCACCUCCACUCCCAGACUCAUAUGCACCGAGUUUGGAUUCGAAUAAGCAUGUGUCUUCAUCUUCAUCAUCAGAUUUCAGCUCCCUGUUAUCGUUCCAGACUGCUUCCAGCCUUGCUUCGUAUUGGAGUGCUCGGACAACCGUUCGAUACGAUGCCAUCGUGGAAGCUGAUGAGACACCUAGUGCCGAACCACACGGGCCCUUGCAAAGAUUAGCGAUCGACUAUCAAGCUGAGUUGAAAGAAAGACAACUCAUACAAACCUUUGAUAAGGAGCUCAACUGGUCCGGAAGAGGUCAACAUGUGGUGUUUGAACCGAAAGAGCAGGUGCCGCUUGAAGUCAUCUCGUCUCUUGGUGCGUCGGCAACUGCAAGAGUGGAGAUGGUACGAUGUCGUCGAGUGGCAUUGGCGAGAAAGACAAUGAGAUGUAAGGGCGAUUGGAGCCAGAACAAUGUCCUCAGCGAAGUUCAACAUCUGCAGAAAUUCAAACAUUUCCAUGUUGUUCAACUAGUCGGGACAUACCUUCAAGGGCGAGAUUUCUCUCUUUUAAUGUAUCCCGCUGCCGACUGCCAUCUUGGAAUCUUCAUGGAGGACACCCAAGACUUGAGGAGCGAACUCAAAAACGGACGAUCGGAAGAAGCAACAACACGGUGGCCAGAGUACAACUCUCGCAUCCUUUUCUUGCAUCGCUCGCUCUACUGUCUUGCAUCCGCAGUGACCAGUGUCCACCAGCAGCUUGCGAGGCAUAUGGACAUAAAGCCUCAGAACAUUCUGGUCAAGUGGAGUGACAACAGCUUGUGGACGCCUUGGCAGAUCUACCUUUCAGAUUUUGGUCUAUCACGGACAUUCGCAGAUCAAUGUCACAGUCAAACGGACGGCCCAACGCCCUUGACUCCAAAGUACUGUGCGCCCGAAGUGUACGAGUAUGAAUCGCGUGGACGAUCUUCGGACAUAUUUUCUCUCGGCUGUGUCUACUCCGAGAUGCUGACCGUCGUCGCCGGAACUGCCUUGUCAGAAUUCGCCGAGUUUCGCCAGGACGAGGAUGGGGACCAAUCGUUCCACAGGAAUCUUGGGAAGGUCGCUGUCUGGAUGAACAAGAACUUCAUGUCUCCAACCAAAGUCCCACCAGAGGUAAUCAGCCUCGUCUGGAACAUGUUGCACACAAACCCAUCACAGCGCCCUAAAGCAUACAAAGUCAUGCAAUCGAUCAAAGCACAAGAUCCCAAUUUUCCAUUAUUCGGUGGGUGUUGUCGACGAGAUCCCGAACCCUACAUCGCAUAUAGUGGACCACCCGGCGCAGCUAUAUUCCCCAGGGAGUUAGGAGUAAAGUCAUUAACGGACCUGAUUGAACAUGCUUGA